AUGUUCGACUACCACAUUGACGAGGAAAAGGACGUUCGCCCAGCAACUCACCGGAAAGACGUCCGUAUCAUUACUCAAAACGUACGGGGCUUUCGCAAAAGCGACAUGUGGGAGUGGCUAGCUGCUUGGAGAGGCAUCCCGAUGAUGCAUCACCCAGCACUUAUCAUUUUGCAAGAGACGCACAUGCAAACGGAAGCGGAGCGAGAUGAGUUGAUUCAACGGUGGCAGUUGCUGUGGGGUCAACCAGAGAGCGCAUCACCACUAUCAUACUGGAGCGUGGGCUCACACAAAGAGGGAGGCGUUGGCGUCCUGGUCUUCCCAGACUACCAGCAGUCCGUCCGUCCAUGGAAUCGGCAUCUCUGGUCCACGCGGACACUAGGUGUGCAGCUAAAUGAGCUUCAUGUGCUCAAUCUCUACGCUCCGUCGUCGAAGAAGCAGAAACGGGAGCAGUUUUUUUGUUAA